AUGUCAGCGACAGGACAGAAAGCGCAUCGUCGCACAUUAAGCAUAAUUCAAGGGAAUACCAACGGUUCGUCCGAGAAUCUUAUUGCGACGUCGAAGCAACAUCCCUCUGUUACACGAUCUCAGCACCAGCAACAAAAUCAAUAUCUUCCGCUUAUAGACACGAAGUCAAAAACUAGUAAUAAUAACCAUCAGAACGUCAACGGCAACACCGGUAUUUUAAAUAAUAUCAAAAAUAAUACUAGUAAUGGCUCAAUCAAGAGUAUUUCUAAUCUCAGCAAUUAUCUUGCCGUUAUACCCGAGAAAUUGAGUUUUGCUAGCCCUCCCCCAACACCAUCAAAACAAAAAACGCACGAAUUAUUUAGUGGGAAAUCAAAAAGUUCUACGACAGAUAAUUUCAAUGUUAUUCAGGUUGCAGCGCUUUAUAAUAUCAAAAAUGUGUUAUUUACCUUAAUUUUUUUUGGAGCGUUGGUUGUAUUUCUAGGAAGUUUAAUGGGAAUUGGGCCAUUUGACGAUGAAGAUAUUCAUUAUCAUAAUAACGCUAUGUCGAAGAAACAGCAAGAGCAUCUCCAACAGCCACCAACACACUUUACAUCUUCACCAAUAAUUAGCGACCCUGCUGCACAUGAAAAAAGUGAGAGUCGUAACACUAAACACGAUCAAGAGGGACUACUUAAAGGAUCAAAUAAUGAUAAUUCACCUGCUGGACAGUCGAACAAAGUUGACGUUAGUAAUAGCAAUAAAGAUCAUAACAACAACAAUGAUACACAACUUUCAUGA